UUCAUUUUUAAACAGGCUGAUAAUGUGAGGCGGUAUCCCCACUUGAUGAGGAAAAUAAGCCACAAUGCGAGUACGUUCCGAGAAGCAGUGUGGUGUGUGAAGUGACAAGAUGUACAAAUUCCUCUCAAUACUGGUGCUGCUGGCUUCGUGCCUCGCUCAAGACGACGGGGGCGACUUGGAGUCCAUCAUCAAGCAGCUCCAGAACCAGAACAAUGGCGCAACGCAAGCGCCGCAGUCCUCCACUUUGGUGCCUAGCAUAGUUAACAAUAACGCUGACGACGACGACAAGUCCUGUUUGACAGCAGACAGCCAGAACGGCGAGUGCGUGCCGUACUAUUUGUGCGGCGCCAAUGACACCAUCAUUAAUGAUGGCGUCGGGAUCAUCGACAUCAGAGUAAAGGAUGGCGAAUGCAAGUCGUACUUAGAUACGUGCUGCCUGCCGCCGGACCGUAAGACUCCAGACAACCCCAUCACCCCCGCACCUCCUGUUAAGAACCGAGAGGGCUGCGGCUGGCGCAACCCCGACGGGCUCGGGUUCCGUAUCACCGGCGCCGCCGACGGAGAGGCCAACUUCGGCGAGUUCCCCUGGAUGGUGGCCAUCCUCAAGAUCGAACCAGUAAACGAGAACGAGCCAAACGGCCAGAAGCUGAACGUGUACGUCGGCGGGGGCUCCCUCAUUCACCCCAGCGUGGUACUAACGGCGGCCCACUACGUCUCCAAUGGGAACCAGCUGCGAAUCCGCGCUGGAGAGUGGGACACGCAGACCAAGAACGAGCUGUAUCCGUACCAGGACCGAGAUGUUAAGGAGGUGGUGGUUCAUAAGGACUUUAACAAAGGCAACCUGUUCUACGACAUCGGUCUCCUGUUCCUGGCGUCCCCCGUGGACGCGGCGCCGAACAUAGGCGUCGCCUGCCUGCCCAGCCCCGGCGUGCGCGCCGUCGGCGGCAAGCGCUGCCUGGCCAGCGGGUGGGGCAAGGACCACUUCGGGAAGGAGGGCCGGUACCAGGUCAUACUCAAACGGGUGGAGGUCCCAGUAGUGGACCGCGCGCGCUGCCAACAAGAGCUGCGGAAGACCCGCCUCGGCAAGUACUUCGAGCUGCACAGCUCCUUCAUGUGCGCCGGCGGCGAGACCGGCGCCGACACGUGCAAGGGUGACGGCGGAUCGCCCCUCGUCUGUCCUUCUGAGUACGAGAAAGACCGCUACAUCCAACAUGGCAUCGUCGCGUGGGGCAUCGGCUGCGGCGACCAGACGCCGGCCGUGUACGUCGACGUCGGACACCUCCGGUCCUGGGUCGACGACAAGGUCCGCGGACACGGAUACGACGAAAAAGUUUACACUUACCUUGACUAGGUUUACAAAUGUCUUGGAAAUGGGGGUAGCACUCACCGCCGCCUGUGACUGCAUCAUCAAUCAGUCGGCUACAUUUUCUCGGCAGCUUCUUAAAGACUAACCCCCUUAUUCAUAAACGUCUACUAAAGUUGACAAGCCGCUAAUAAUUGUUUGUCCCUUUCCGACGUAUUAGUAUGAUGGAAAGGGGCAAACGAUUAUUAGCGGCUUGUCAACUUUAGUAGACGUUAAUGCAUAAGGGGAAAAUAAAGCGCUAAUUGUCCUAAAACAUAUAUAAUGAAUAAAUUAUAAUUAUAAGAUCCACAGACCUAAAUAAAUUCAUAUUUUAGGGCUCCUCUACACGAUGGACCAUCGUACGCCAGUCUAAGGGACGCAGCUAUGCAGUGGAAUGAGAUAGCAAUAUCACUUGCUCGCUCUAACACAUAAAUGCGUCCCUUGCACUGGCCUACGCUGGGCCAUCGUGUAGAGGAGCCAUUUGAUUAAGGUCAAUAUGGAGAUUAUGAAGAUCGGCAUAUAAAAAAUUUUAUUGGGAAGACUCGUAUAGAUCGUGUCAUUCACAAAGACGCAUGCCUCGACUCGCAUUGUCAUAUUAAUAAAGAUUAGAUUUGAUAAAUCUGAGCGUCAUUGUAGAUGACACGAACUAUAUUUAAUUUAUAUAGGUACGUCUCUCAGACACAGUCAGAACAGGAAACGUUUUCGCUCCCUCUGUUUUACCAACCUUCUGUAAGUGAAGCAUGUAGUUGUAGGCGGUCUUCUCCAAAUUGAUACAAUGUUUUAUCUUGAAAUGUAUCGUGGGUGUGUGAGUGUUAUAGGUAGGUGUUUUAUAUCGGCAUUGAAAGGGGCCUGCUGCGAACUACUCCGUUGAUUUGUUCGUCUAAGAGAGACAUCUCUAACAGUGGCAAAUGCAAGACCCAUAGGAGAAGCAGACAAAAUUUCGUUUCUCGAUGUUCGCGGCAGGCCCUAAAAAAUGCCUACGAAAGAAAGUUGAACCGCUUAAACUCAUUAAACCAAAAUCAUGAUUUCGAUAGGUUCUACUUUUGUUUCAGAAAUAUUCAGUAAAAACGCUAAAAUACUCAAUUGUGCAAUAAAUAAUGGCAGUUUUAAUCAUUAUGCCGGUAAUAAAAUAUUUUUCAAUUUUGCA